AUGACCGAAGUCAGCCUGAGGCAACUGGCCCACCACAAGGAGUCGCUAGAGCGUUGUCUACCAUUCUGGGACUCUGUGGUAUGCUGGCCAUAUGCUGCAGUUGGGGAGAUGAUCAACACAACCUGUCCUGCUGUCUUCUCUUUUUGGGGGAAUAACACAGGUGCAGUCAGCAGAAACUGCACCAGCAUCGGAUGGUCGCGACCCUUCCCCCCGUACCACACAGCCUGUAGUGUGGGCGACGACGUUCCCAUGCCAGAGGAUUCCUACUUUGCCACUGUCAAGCUGAUCUACACCAUCGGCUACGGCACCUCCCUGGUCUUCCUCUUCAUCGCCGUGGUGAUCCUAUUGCUCUUCAGGAGGCUUCACUGUGCCAGGAACUAUAUUCACAUCCAGCUGUUUGUCACCUUCAUGCUAAAGGCGGUGGCUGUGUUCAUCAAGGACGCCACAUUAUUCGCCAGCGACGACACCAACCACUGCACCCUCUCCACCGCAGCCUGUAAGGCAUCAGUGGCCUUCUGUCACUACUGUGUCAUGACUAACUUCUUCUGGCUCCUGGUUGAGGCCCUCUACCUCAACUCACUGCUCCUCUCCUCCUUCCACCACUACCGUCGCUGCCUCUGGGGCUUUGGCCUGCUGGGCUGGGGUGUACCCAUCAUCUUCACAGUCAUAUGGAUUGGGUCCAGGGUGUAUUUUGAGGAUACUGAAUGCUGGGACAUCAAUGAGGACUCCCCCUAUUGGUGGAUCGUAAAAGGGCCAAUUGUUGUUUCUAUCGGGGUCAAUUUCAUCCUCUUUCUGAACAUCAUCAAAAUCCUGAUACAGAAACUGAACCCUCGUCUGAUCCAGUUCAAUAACUCCGACCACUACAGACGGCUGACUAAGUCAACCCUGCUCCUCAUCCCCCUCUUCGGGACCCCCUACAUGGUGUUUAACUUCCUACCUGACUACUUCAAUGUUAGCGUGCGCCUCUGGUUCGAGCUCUGCAUGGGGUCCUUUCAGGGGCUGAUAGUAGCGAUCCUCUACUGCUUUCUCAAUCAAGAGGUCCAAAAGGAAAUCCAUAUGAGGUGGCUGAGGUGGCAGGAUAACAGCAACGGAGUGGUUCUGCCCGGUGCCAAGGGAAGUCAAAUGGACACACAUUUCUAGGGCCACAUUCUUCAUCCACCUCCUCCUCCUCCUCCUUUCUCCAACCUCUAUAUGUGUGUCUUUCGGCGGGGUUGGAAUAAACCAGAAGUUUCCAUUGGACAACGGUCAUAUUCUUCUUCUAAUUCCUGUGGCCUCCACACAUUGCUUAUAUAUUUUUAGAAGGAGAGGGUGCUGUACAUUGUGUCCCUAAAGCAUACAAUGUCCUCUCUUCCCAUCAUCACAAUCUCAUUGCUAAAAGGACCACCACUGGGUUCAUCCAUUGUGUCCAGCUCAAGAUGAACUUUUGCAGCACUGUGAAAUGCCCUUCCUCCUCCUCCUCCUCUUUCUCCUCUUCAGUAUCAUCUAUGGUUAAGUUACGGAGAAGCCUGUCUCUGAGGUACUAUACCAUCAAGGAUUGUAUCCCAAUUCGUAUUGGGACAGCAAAUAAAGUGUUGAUGUUUGUUUUUUUAACAAAACAAAGUUCAAAAAUCAUUUAGACUGGAAAAUAGAGGGUUUUAUGUAUCAAACGUGUCCCUGUUGUUCAUGCUUUAUGGGAAUAUUGUCUUGUAGCUUUCUCUCCGUGUUUCAGUGCCUCUGUGUGUGUUUAGCUCUCUCUCUUUCUCUGUGUUUUGCUCUCUCUCUUUCUCUGUGUGUGUUUAGCUCUC